GCGAUUGCCGAUAUUAAAACCGUACUACGGUGUUCCGUUAGGACCUAAAAUAUACAACCCGAAAACAUUUAUAAACCACAAAAGGUACGUUGAGUCGAUGACGCAGACAAGAAAACAAAAAUUGAAACGUUUACGCCAUCAUACCACCGAAUUCCGACUACCUGUAUCAGGGCUGGGAAUCAAAACUGCGUCGUAUCCUACAAAAUGUAAACAAACGCCGCCAUCUUGGAACAAAAAACAUAUAUGUGCGGUUGACCAUAUCCGAAGUUUAACGGAAAGAGCCGAGAAGGUGCGAUUUGCAUUUUUAUGUAUCACGUGAUCAUGGUUAGAUCAUAUUGCAGUUCAAAAUGGCGGCUCGACUUACAGCAGAAUUUUUAAAAGAUUGGAAAAAUGAAGUUAAUCCUGAUCUGCAGAAAGAAAGAGAUACAUGCACGUUUAAUAUCCAGGAGCUAACAUUUCUUCUAGAUGGUGGACAAGAAAAAACAAAACGAAGGAAGGAGUUGGAGAACAUUUUGUUCACAAAGUAUGCAGAUCUGUUCUCGUUCAAGAAGCGACCCAGUCAGAAUAAAUCUGAGAUGUAUGAAUCAUCUGUUGCCAAGUCUGUAAAAGUUUUUCAAAUGAAAAGAGAGUAUGGUUGGACAGAAGAGGAUUUUGAAAUGACAACAAGGUGAGAUGUUAAAAUUUAC